AUGGAAACUUACUUCAUUUUGCUUCGACAAUUCGAGUCAAAUAAACGACUCAUGCGAUCAGACGUCAGUGGUAAAAUUACAUUUAAUGUAGGCCUAUAUAGACUUUUAGAAUCUUAUAAACGGAACGAGGACAUGUUAAUCGAGGAAAAGGCUGCUUCUCUUGGACUUGCACAUAAAGUGAAACUUUAUCCUGACAAGCUUAGAGUAGACGCUUCUAUAAUUAAAGAAUGGUUUGAUUUGCCAGUAAAAAAGAUAAUAUCACAUGUUAAAGAUAUUCUUGCUGAGCCAAAUAUGAAGAAUGUCAAAACUAUUAUGUUAGUUGGAGGGUUUGGUGAAAGUGACAUAGUUUAUGAAGCAAUGCGAGCAACCUUUGAAAACACCCACACAAUUAUAAGGCCGCAUGAAGCAAGUUUAGCAGUCCUUAAAGGAGCCGUACGAUUUGGUCAUAUUCCAGAUAUAAUUCGUAACAGAAUCAUGACCGCUACAUAUGGCAUUCACAUGACAAAGUAUUUUGAUAAGGAUAAACAUCCUUCUUCGAAAUUAAUAAUACUGAAUAACAAAGAAAUGGUUGACGACAUAUUUUGCAUUUUUGUUCGCAAAGACGAUAGUAUAGAAUUAGGCAAACAAAUACGCAAAACAUUUACUCCAAAUGAUCUUCAAAAAUCGAGUGUAUCUAUAUAUAAAUCAACAAAACUUGAUCCGGAAUAUGUAACAGAUGAAGGGUGUACAAAACUUGGUGCACUGACUAUAGAACAUCCAGAGGGAAAAACAUUCGAAGACAAGAAAUUUGAUACAACAUUUGUGUUCGGUGACACGGAGCUAUUUGUAAAGGUGAAGAUUAAAAAAACAGGACAGGAAUUUGAUAAAUAUAUUAAUUGUUUAGAACAGUAA